AUGCAGGAAGAGACCCACAGAAAUCAUUUUAGAAACAAUCACUUUGUGGAAAAUAGAAAAAGUGACAACAAGACGAGGCUUCAUCGGCUGGAAUCUUGUCCUCCGUGGUUGCAGUUUAAUAAAUACAUUCUCGAUGGAUAUCGAUGCAAUCUGUCCACUGGUCAGUGUGUGGAGAGCCUAUUCUACAUUCAUAACGAAAGCUUUAAUAUUUAUUCUCAUGGUAAGUAAACAUGAAGCCAUAAAAUGCAGCGGAUUUUUUUCAAACACACGGGCGUUGUAAAUUAAUAACAGGGUUCCCAUCCCUGGGCACACAAGAAGGGUCAUAGAAAUAAAAUGGGUUAAAACUUAUAUAUAAUCAUCCGAGGACUUAACUUUUUAUUUUGACUGUUUUAAAAAAAUGGAGCCUGAGUGUAACACAGGCUUUAAAUACUGGAAUCUAAUAAGACAAUUUGAAAUGAUAAUUGCAAAGUUCAUAACAGAAUUAGCAGGUGUCAGCUGAUGUUAGUCACUAAAACAGAAAUAAAUUUACUUUGAACUUUAAUAGCUAUAUCAAGAGUUUUAUGACAUUGAAGACCUACAUAAUUUUCAAGAUGAAUAUGAUGAUAUUCUAAAUGCCCCGGGGGGGGUACUCCCUUACAAGAGCCUAAUGGGGAUGUGCCGCUGGAUGGGGUCGCAUUUUCACGACUGGAGUGACUAUAAUGGGGUCGCAUUUUCAAUAGAGUUACUAGAAUGGGGUCGCAAAUUCUCGAAUUUUGGGGGUAAGUAGGGAAUCAAAAUGGGAAGAUUCUCAGUUAAAAAGAUCAGAAAGUUGUUUAUUAAAUUGAACAAUAAGCUUGCAUUGACCGCAUUGCAUUCCGUUCUUGAAACCACAACUUAAAUAUUAACCAGUUACUCAAUAGCACAAAACCACGGGUCCAGAACAAAGUCCACCGAAACAUCAGUGCUACGGCAUUUACUUUUCUACUGGAUUGUUAUCGUCCAUCGAAGAUAAUACAACGUGGAUCUUCUUUUGUAUUAGCGAGCGUUUGAUCUCUUUUGCUUGGGACUUGUCUUCUUUGAAUGUGACAUUUACAGGAACAUUUAUACCACCUCCUUUCUUUUCAACUAUUUAUGACGGUACGUUUGUAAAUAUUUACGGUUAGCAAACGUACCAGAAUGCUUGUAUUGUAGGUGAAAGUAAAGUAUUCUUUAUUCAGUUUAAAAAUUGUGUCAAUUCGUUUUUGGAUGACCCGGUUUUUAAAGGAUUGGCAAGGUAGAUGCAUAAAUAGAAAGUGACUAAGUUGGGAUCGCAAAAAUUACAUUUUCCAAAAAGUGAUUAAGAUGGGGUCUAUAAUUGGCCAAAAAAUAGACUAAAAUGGGGUGGGGGCUCUGAGAGGCCAGCGGCACAUACCCAGCAAACAUUAACCCAAGUACCCCCCCCGGGCUAAAUGCCAAAAAUGUCUAAAUGUCAAGACUCUGUUUCUUUUGGGAGACUCACCUGUUUUGGAUCAGACCAUUCUAUACCCCUACAAGAAGAGAUUUCACUCAAGACAUAAGGCAUGAUACACGUCAGUGGCAACAAAACUUGGUUUCAAAAACGUCGUGCUACUGCCUUGCUAAAGUCGGCACAGCAGUAGCAGGACUUUUGAAACAGGCCUUACUCCACUUUUGCCAUUAAGACUAAAUUCAUUCUUUCAUUCUUUAUUUCAGGAAUCCCAUGUGCUGUUAUCUUGGUUCUGAUUCCACUGACGGCAAGUGCUGCUUGUCUGGUAGACCCAAUGUGGUUUUUCUUUCAUUUUUUUGCCUGUUUUGCUCCAUUCUUUGCAAGUCCUAUUUAUCAUUUAUUUAUGCGCCAUCAAGGAGGUUGUGACACUUAUCAACAGCUUCUCACUUUCGACGUCUGUGGAGUUUGGGUAAUAAAUGCAUUGGGUGGUCUCUGCGGAAUUCGAGCAACUUUGUAUUGUAUGCCAUUUUGGGGAACCUUCUCUCUAACAUUUUACAUCCUAGUUUCUUUGCUGUCUAUUUUCCUAAUUCUGAAAGCAAACAGUGCAAAGGAAAGGUUUAAGCCUUUAAUAGUAUUUGGAGUAAUGAGAUACUUUUUCAUCAGUGUGCGGCUGUCCCUUUAUGCCUUCAACCGAACUACCAUCAUUACUCCCAUCCCAUAUUACCUCUGCAUGGAUCUGCUGGCUUUCAUUGGUGGCACACUUAAUGUUGCCAGGAUACCAGAGAGGUGGUUUCCUGGGAGGUGCGAUUACAUUGGCAACAGUCACCAGAUUAUGCAUGUUCUAACAGUAAUAAGUGUUUAUUGUUUACAUGUUGGUUCUGUCCGUGACUUCAAUUGGAUGCAAGAUGCUGUUUGUCACUGA